AAAUGAAAUUAUUAAACCUUUACAUUAUUUAAAGUUCAAUACUUUAUGGUUAUUUUAUGCUAUAUUCUUUUGUUUUUAGUUGGAUAAUUGGAUUAAUUUUUUGGGUCCUUUAAGCCAUUGUUUAUGCUUGGAAUUUUCCUAGUGGGUCUAAAAAAAGGGAGAUAAUUGCUUACCAACAACGGGAUUCAUAUUCGGAAAUUGAUUGGUUUCAGUUUUACUUGCAUUUAAUUGGUCAAAUCAGUUUUAUUCUUUUGAUUUAUGAGGGCAAAAGGCAUUAGUAUUUAGUUGAUAUAGUGAUGAAAAGACUAAAAAUUUGAGAAGGAAAAAUAAAAAGAGGUGGGUUUUCUUGAGAAUCUAUGGUAUUUCUUUUAUUACUUUAAUCCGAAGGUGAUAUCUGGGAAAUGGGUGAGCCUGGUCAGCUAAAGCGAGCUCUGAUAGAUGCGUCAGCCGGAGCAAUCGCUGGUGCUAUAUCUCGCACUGUUACGUCGCCUUUGGAUGUCAUUAAGAUCAGGUUUCAGGUCCAAUUGGAACCGACCACUUCAUGGGCUCUGCUUCAGAGAAACUUGUAUGGGCCAUCAAAAUACACCGGAAUGUUACAGGCGACUAAGGACAUCUUAAGAGAAGAAGGUCUACCGGGUUUUUGGCGUGGGAAUGUCCCCGCUCUUUUAAUGGUUAUGCCUUAUACAUCCAUACAAUUCACUGUCUUACACAAGUUUAAAACAUACAUGUCUGGAUCUUCCAAAGCAGAAAAUCACAUCCAGUUGAGUCCGUACUUAUCAUACAUUAGUGGGGCCAUUGCAGGAUGUGCAGCUACUAUUGGAUCAUAUCCAUUUGAUCUUAUACGGACCAUAUUAGCCUCACAGGGUGAGCCAAAGGUAUACCCGACGAUGAGGUCUGCAUUAGUGGGCGUUUUUAACACACGUGGCUUGCGGGGACUGUAUUCUGGUUUGUCACCUACACUAGUUGAAAUUAUACCCUACGCUGGCCUUCAGUUUGGUACUUAUGAUACAUUCAAGCGUUGGACAAUGGCCUGGAAUAGAAUGAGAGGAAAUUCCAGCGAUGAUAGUCCUUCAAGCUUCCAGCUUUUCCUCUGUGGAUUAGCGGCUGGCACAUUGGCAAAGGUUGUCUGCCACCCAUUAGAUGUCGUCAAGAAAAGAUUCCAGGUGGAAGGAUUGCAAAGGGAUGUGCGAUAUGGAGCAAGAGUGGAGGAAGGAGCGUACAAGAACAUGUAUGAUGCCCUCUUAAGAAUUUUGCAAGCGGAAGGCUGGGCUGGUCUCUACAAAGGCAUUGUUCCAUCCGUUGUAAAGGCAGCGCCCGCUGGUGCUGUAACUUUUGUCGCUUAUGAAUUUACGUCCGAGUGGUUGGAAUCCUUGACGAGAACCUAAUGUGUACUUUCUGGUUCUCUUAUAUCCAUUCUUUUCUUUUUUUUUUUUGUUUCAGCCAAUUUAUUCUAGAAGACCCUGUUUCGGCCAAUUUCAGGGUCUGUCUGCAAUCUGUUACCCAUUCUUUUAUCGUAGAGUGUAGACAAACCCAUGAUCAUCGUCGAAAACCCCGAUACUUGUACUUCCUCAGUCUUUUAACAGUCACAACAUUUCUCCCGAACAUGUGAGAACCUUUCGGGGAAAACGUUGCAACUAUUAAAAGACGGAGAACGUAUAUCUUAAGAUAGUGUUGGAUCAUAGGCGGUCUCAUUUCUACAAAUGCAAGACGCUUGUGUUGAUAACGUAUGCGUAUACCGGCAUUUCAAUAUGGGAUGCUACGAUGCCUUUUGAAGACACUGAAAAGUGCUGAGUGCGAUACGUUUCGAAUACAAAGAACUAGGAAAUAGAGCUUAAUAAUGAAGGAUCUAUUGCUGGCAUUGCAUCCAAUUUAGGACUGGUGUACUAAUAAGUAAUAACUAUUGUUUUAUGUACAAUAUACCAUAUAUUCUUAUUUGACAAGGGCACCUUUUCGUUUUUCCCUAUUGUGAAUCGCUAACAAGGGCACAUCUGACUCUCCCAAACCCGAUUUAGACGGAAGUAACUUAAUGACGUUAACUGACGUUGGUUAACAAAAUGACGUCUCAAUUUAUAUGUUAGUCUAUACGAGGAACGAUCAACUUUGUGGGUGGUAAAACUUGGAAAACGGAUAUUUUUCAUAUAAAUGAGUUGAUCGAGAGGCAAUAAAAGAGCAAUCUUCACUCGUUUUACAAUCAUUUUACAAGGUGUUUAUGACCAUUUACACUAAACCCAAAUGGGGUGAUAUAUACAAAAGUUCGAUUUGUUAGGGACGAGGCGCAAUAAGCCUCUACAAAAUUCGAAAAACAACAUACAAAUAAGGUGUACGUUAAAAUAAGGUGUUCUAAUAAUAUCAAACUGAGAUUGUGAGUAAUCGAGAUUCUA